AUGGAUUCCUAUGAUGAUAUGAACCGCGUUUUAAUUACUGAUGAUGUUGAUUCUCAAUGUGUUGAUAUGUUGAUAGCUAAUGGGUUUUCAGUAGAAAAAGAUAUUAAGUUAGCUAAACAAUCUCAGGAACAAUUAAUUAAAAAAGUUCAGGAAGUAGAUAUUUUAAUUGUUCGAAGUGCAACGAAAGUAACAAGUGCAGUUAUCGAAGGAUCACCACGUUUAAAAUUAAUUGGAAGAGCAGGUACAGGAACAGAUAAUAUUGAUACUGAAACAGCAACACGUCAUGGAAUCUUAGUUAUGAACACACCUGGUGGAAAUACACUUUCAGCCGCGGAGCAUACAUGUACUUUGAUUUGUUCUUUAGCCAGAGCUAUUCCAAGUGCUUGCGCUUCGUUAAAAUCAGGCGCAUGGCAUAGAUCAGAAUUUAUGGGUGAAGAAUUAAAUGGAAAAACUUUAGCUAUUGUCGGAUUAGGAAAAAUUGGACGAGAAGUAGCUAAACGAAUGCAAUCAUUUAACAUGAAGACAAUUGGUUAUGAUCCAUUUAUUACUGCUGAGCAAUGUUUAACAUUUGGUGUCGAAUUUUUUGAAUUAAAAGAUCUUUGGCCAUUAGCUGAUUAUAUAACAGUUCAUGUUCCAUAUAUGGAAGGAACUCACUAUUUAAUCAAUGACGAAGUUUUAUCAUUAUGUAAACGAGGUGUUAAAUUAAUAAAUGUUGCUCGUGGUGGAAUAAUCGAUGAAAAUGCUCUUCUUAACGCCCUUAAUUCUGGUCAAUCUAGUGGUGCAGCUCUGGACGUAUUUGAACAAGAACCACCUGCGAAUUUAAAACUUAUUCAACAUCCAUUAGUUAUUUGUACACCUCAUUUAGGUGCAAGUACUCAUGAAGCUCAAAAACGUGUUGCUAUUGACUUAGCUCAACAGAUAAUUGAUUUUAAACAAGGACAUUCAUUAAUUGGUGUUGUUAAUGGAUCCGCUGUUACAUCACAAUUUGCUCAAGGUAAUAGAGCUAUUUUAUUACUUUGUAAACGAUUAGGACAAAUUAUUGGAGCAUCAUCAUCAUUAACACCAAGUGAAAUCUCACUUUCAUUUAAUCAUACUGUUUCGAAUCAUUUAUUCGAAGCUCUUUCGAUUUAUUUCUCGUAUGGUUAUUUACAUGAAAAAGGCAAUAAACGCGUUAAUUUUGUUAAUGCUCGACAUUUAUUUGACGUUAAAAUGGACAUGGUUGUUGAUAAAAAACAAGAAUUAAAUAAUGUUUUAGUUGUUCGUAUUUCUGGUGAUAAUGAAAUAAAAGAAUUAUCGGGUGUUGUUUCCGGUGAACAUUUAUGGUUAAAUAGUGUUAAUCAAUGUCGUUUUAUUGCUCAUGUACCACUUGAUGAUGAAAAUGCUCAUGUUUUAGUUCGACCUAUAAAAGGAUCAUUAAUAGAUUAUCUUCUUGACAAUACAUCACAAAUAAAUAAUCGUAUAUCAGCUGUUUUUGAUACAAUCAUACCAACAGGAAGAAAUAUUCAAGAUCAACGUUGGUGUGCGAUACUCUUAUAG